AUGGAAGAAGAAGAAGAGUCUCAGUUUUUGGCCAUGCAAAUGGUGAGUGCUUCUGUUCUGCCCAUGGCGUUGAGAGCAGCCUUGGAGCUCCAUGUGUUCGACAUUAUAGCCGAAGCUGGUCCCCGCGCAUGCCUCUCCCCUCAAGACAUCGCAUCUCGGCUCCUCACUCACAACCCUGAUGCACCUGGUCUCCUCGAUCGUAUGCUGCGUCUUCUGGUUUCCCACUCUCUCCUCACUUGCUCUGUUCUCAGCCAUGAUCACAGGGUCUAUGGCUUGGCACCUGCUUCCAAACUGUUUGUUAAGAACAAGGAUGGAGCGUCCUUGGCUCCCUACUUGCUUAUCAUCCAAGACUACUCUAUAGUCAAUACCUGGUGUGGAACAUAUCGGAGGAGAUAUGUUUACGAGUAUUCCAGUGGGGAAUGCAAUUUUCAUGAAGAUUAUGGAAAAGUUAUUGUUGUGGAGUUGAUUGCUCCAACCUCUCCAGAAACAAAUGUUGCUACAAAAGGCAACUUGCAAAAUGAAAUGUUCAUGACAAAUAUAAAUCAUAACGGAAAGGAGAGGACAAAAGAAGAAUUUACUACUUUAGCCAGAGAAGCCGGAUUUUCUGGUAUCAAUGUGGCGUGUAGUACAUACACAUUUUCUGUCAUAGAAUUCUAUAAAUAA